AUGAAGAGGAAGGGGGGCAGGGAGUGGCUGCAGCAGCUGCUGUCUAAGUUUGGGCCGAUGACGGACCGCUCGCCCAACGCGUUCGUGCUGGAUUUUGAGAAGCCUCUUGUGGAGCUGGACAACAGGAUCAAGGAGGUGCGCAAGGUGGCGGAGGAGAACGGCGUGGACGUCACGGAGCAGAUCGCGGAGCUGGAGGCGCGGGCCAAGCAGCUGCGCAAGGACACCUACAGCAGGCUGACGGCCACGCAGCGCCUGCAGGUGGCGCGCCACCCGAACCGCCCCACUUUUCUGGACAUCGCCAUGAACGUGACUGAUUCGUUCAUCGAGCUGCACGGCGACAGGGCGGGCCUGGACGACAAGGCGAUGGUGGCGGGGAUGGGCAGCAUCGACGGGAUCCCCAUGAUGUUCAUUGGGCACCAGAAGGGGCGCAACACCAAGGAGAACAUUGAGAGGAACUUUGGGAUGCCCCAGCCCAACGGAUUCCGCAAGGCACUGCGGUUCAUGAAGCACGCGGACAAGUUUGGUUUCCCCAUCGUCACUUUCGUGGACACGCCGGGCGCAUACGCGGGCUUGAAGGCCGAAGAGCUGGGGCAGGGAGAGGCCAUCGCACGAAACCUUUGGGAGAUGUUCUCUUUCCGUGUCCCCAUCCUGACCAUUGUGAUUGGCGAAGGUGGCUCGGGCGGUGCACUGGCCAUUGCGUGUGGCAACAAGGUUUACAUUAUGGAAAAUGCUGUGUACUAUGUGGCCAGCCCGGAGGCAUGCGCCGCUAUCCUUUGGAAAGGGAGGGAGAAGGCGGGGGAGGCUGCACAGGCUCUGAAAAUCACUGCGGGUGACCUCAAGAGGCUCAAGGUUAUCGACGAAGUUGUGCCUGAACCUCUCGGCGGUGCACACUCAGACCCCAUGAGUGCCUUUCCAGCUGUGAAGGAUGCCAUUAUGAGCUGGUAUGAGCAGUACAAGGAUAUGUCUGGAGAGGAGAUUAUUAGGGACAGAUACCAAAGGUACCGCAAGUUUGGGGCCUACGCUGAGUUCGUCAUCAAGGGGGGCCAGGUCUCUGUUGGCAGGGGGGACAGAUACAAGUCAGACGGGGUGUACACCAUGGCAGGCACUUGGGCUGCCAAUGAGGAAGAAAAGGAGUACAUUGAGAAAGCUGUGGACUAUGAGGAGCAGUGGGAAAGCAACCUCAAAGGCAAGGAGGAGUGGAUAUGGAAGCCAGAAGUGCCUCGGGAAGAGCUGGAGAGUGCAGAGCGCAGGCUGGAGAGGGCCUUGGAGGCUGUCCGAGAGCUCAAGGAUAAACCAACGGGGAGCACUGUACGGCCGCUAGUGAUCCAGGAACUUGGAAAGAUGGGCGUUGGCAUCAAAGGGCAGAGUGCUCCUGACAUGGAGGAAGCAAAGUCAAAUGGAAAAGUGCCACAACUGCACGUGAUGGGACAGCAGCUGUUAGGGGUGCAAUGUUGGAUAUCAGCAGUGUCAGUCGUAUUCGCAGUACGGAUGGCUAGCCAUCAAACGUCUGCUGUGUUCAUGAGGCGCUGGAACAAGCUGCUGGUACGACGAUGGAGAUGGCAUCGAUGUACAGGCGCAGUGGACACCCGUCUCAGCAAACCCCUUGGAAGGCGAGCAGAAGCCUUUCCUCAUAAGGGGAUGGGCAGUGCUUCGUAG